AUGGGAAGGGGAAACAAAUGAAAAUUGGAAAAAGAAGACAAGAGGAGGCAGGUGGUUCCAGUCGCGUGCCCAAGACAGCGUCAUGUGACGGGAGACCGUUGGGGAGCCGGCCCUAGUGGAUGCCACUCCGCUCACCAUGCAGCUGCUGGUGGAGGUGCUCCAGGGCCGCCAGUGCAGCCUGCAGGUGCCCGAGGAUGAGUUGGUGGCCACGGUGAAGCAACUCGUCUCCGAGAAGCUGAACGUCCUUGUGCGCCAGCAGCGGCUGCUGUCCAAGGGCAAGGCCCUAGCAGUUGGGAAACGACUGUCAGAUUACGGCAUUGGGCCCAAUUCCAAGCUCAGCCUGGUGGUGAAACCUCUGGAGAAGGUGCUCCUGCAAGAAGGGGCUGCCCACGUUGGGGCAGAGCCCCCAUCUACGCCUGUCUGGCAGCUGGUCUCUAAAGUCCUGGCCCACAGUGCUGCUGAUGCCAGCAGGGUCCUGGAACAAUUCCAGAGGGAUUAUGACAGGUCCUUGAGCCGCCUGACGCUGGAUGACAUUGAACGCUUGGCCAGCCGCUUCCUGCAUCCCGAAGGGACUGAGGCUCUAGAGAAGGGGUUCUCCAAAUAGAAUUCCCGGAUGCCGGGGAGGAGCCCGAGGCCUGGCCACAGCGGCAUGUUGCAUUAAAUGUGUUUUCAUGUUGCAGUUUGGCUCCUGAUAAUAACAGCUGGUGUGUGCCCGGCUCUCGCUAGGCGUCUGGCGCCCCUCACAGCCCUUCGGCCUGGUUCUCUCCCACCCCGCAGCAGAGGUGAGACGGCACAGCACAAGGGCCCAGCAGCGACCUGAAGUGCCUGGCUGGAGGAGGA